AUGCCGGCGCCGGCGCCCCGCCCCCUCCCUCUCCCCAUCCUCCUCCUCCUCGCCGCCGCCGCCGUCGCCACCGCGUCCGCCGCCGUCCCGCCCGCCGCGUCGCACUCCCAGCCCACGCUGCCCACGAAAGGGGCGGGCGCGUCGCACUCCCAGCCGACGAAGCCCGCGGCGCCGCCGUCCGCCGCGCUGGCCACGGCCCCGCCGGCCGAGGGCGCGCUGCUGGCGGCCUUCCUCGCCAAGGCCGACCCGACGGCGCACCUGCGGUUCCCGCUCGCCGCCACCCCCUGCGCGCACCCGGGCGUGACCUGCAGCGGCGCGGCGGGCAUCACGCACCUCGUGCUCGAGCAGGCCGGCCUCAACGGCACCUUCGCGCCGGACACGCUCUCGGGCCUCGCCGGGCUGCGCGUGCUCAGCCUCAAGUCCAACGCGCUCCACGGGCCCGUCCCCGACCUCUCCGCGCUCGGCAACCUCAAGGCGCUCUUCCUCGCCGGCAACCGCUUCUCCGGCCCGUUCCCCGCCUCGCUCGCCUCGCUGCGCCGCCUCCGCUCCAUCGACCUCUCCGGGAACCGGUUCUCCGGCGCGCUGCCGCCCGGCAUCGAGGCCGCGUUCCCGCAUCUCACGGCCCUGCGCCUCGACUCCAACCACUUCAACGGCUCCGUCCCGGCAUGGAACCAGUCGUCGCUCAAGCUGCUGAACGUCUCGUACAACGACUUCUCCGGCCCCGUGCCCGUCACCGCCUCCAUGGCGCUCAUGGGCGCCGACGCGUUCGCCGGGAACCCCGGCCUCUGCGGCGAGGUCGUCCGCCGCGAGUGCAGCGGCUCCCCCCUCGUUUUCUUCCCCGGCGACGGCAGCAGCGGCUCCGCCACUCCCCCCGCGCAGAGCGCCGGUGCCACUGGCGUAGGCCCGCAGCGCCAGGGCUUGCCGGGCUCGUCGGCACCACGCGCGCACAAAGUGAAGAAGAAGACGGCAAUGACUGUCGCGAUUGCUUUGGCAGCCGUGCUGGCCGUACUUCUCGUUUGCGCCAUAGUUGCCGCAACGAGGGGCAAGAAGCGUAGGCGUCCGAGCACGGCGGCAUACCCGAGCCCCAAGAAGAGCGCGGCCGCCUCGCAACUCAGCAGGGAGAUGGACAACUCCGACAUUGGCUAUGUGGAGUGCGUGCCGGACGAGGAGGCGGCGGCGAUGAUGAUGCCGGAGGAGAAGGCUCGCCGGCUGGGCCGGAGCGGCUGCCUGACGUUCUGCGCGGGCGAGGCCACGAGCUACAGUCUGGAGCAGCUGAUGCGCGCGUCGGCGGAGGUGCUCGGCCGCGGGAGCGUGGGGACGACGUACAAGGCGGUGCUCGACGGCCGGCUCGUGGUCAUUGUCAAGAGGCUGGACGCGGCCAAGAUCGGCCCGGCGGCUUCGGAGGCCGAGACCUUCGAGCAGAACAUGGAUGUGAUUGGCCGGCUGCGGCAUCCGAACCUCGUGCCGCUGCGCUCAUUCUUCCAGGCCAAGGAGGAGCGGCUGCUGGUGUACGACUACCAGCCCAACGGCAGCCUCCAUUCUCUCAUCCACGGUUCAAGAUCGUCCCGGGGAAAACCGCUGCACUGGACUUCAUGCCUGAAGAUAGCAGAAGAUGUUGCACAGGGCCUUGCUUACAUUCAUCAGGCAUCCCGGCUUGUUCAUGGAAACAUCAAGUCCUCCAAUGUCUUACUUGGUUCAGACUUUGAAGCUUGCCUCACCGACAACUGCCUUUCAUUCCUUCUGGAAUCAGCAGAAGUCAAAGACGAUGCGGCAUACAGAGCACCAGAAAACAUGAAGUCCAACAGAAGGCUCACACCCAAGUCAGACGUCUAUGCUUUUGGCAUCCUUCUCCUCGAGCUCCUCAGCGGCAAGGCGCCGCUUGAGCAUUCGGUUCUGGCAGCAACCAAUCUCCAGACGUAUGCGCUGUCGGGGAGGGAAGACGAAGGAGUGGACAGAGAGCGCCUCUCGAUGAUCGUCGACAUUGCGUCUGCCUGCGUCCGGUCAUCGCCGGAGAGUCGGCCAACUGCCUGGCAAGUCCUCAAGAUGAUUCAGGAGGUGAAGGAAGCAGAUGCAACUGGUGACAAUGAGGACGGCGAUCUUGAUCUUACUAGCGACUCCUAG